GAAUUCUCUCAACUGACGAAGGAACUCUCAGCAGCCCGUGAGAAUAUACUCGAGCGAGAGGAAGAAAUCUCGGAAUUAAAAGCAGAGCGUAACAACACUCGGCUUCUACUUGAACAUCUGGAAUGUCUGGUAUCACGUCACGAAAGGUCACUGAGGAUGACAGUAGUGAAGAGACAAGCUGCAGCCCAGUCGGGUGUCUCGUCCGAGGUCGAGGUCCUCAAGGCACUCAAGAGCCUCUUCGAGCAUCACAAGGCCCUGGACGAAAAGGUACGAGAACGAUUAAGAGUGGCGCUGGAGAAAAAUACGAGUCUCGAGGAGGAACUAUCACGUACCAAAGACGAGCUCCAGCAAUACAAAGCUGGUGGACAUCCCAAGACUCUCGAGGACAGACCCAAAGAGAAUGGCCAGACUGAUGAGAGUCAGAGCAAGAAUGAAACUGAAACAGCUAGCCAGGACCAACAGGAGGUGGUACCAACGGUUAUUGAGUUUAAUGAUGAGAGGAAAAUGGAGAGUGGAAGUAGACUGAGCAACGGUGGUCUCAAUACCUCUGACCACGAAUCGGCUGCACGUGUUAUUGACUUGCAGUCGACUGUUGAGAAACAGAGUGCGGAGUUGGCUACUUGGCAGCGUCGAGUGGGUGAGCUCGGUGGUCGUGUUGCAGAGCUCGAGGAGACCCUCUCGAAGGCGCAGAAGGACCUCAUGAAGACCCAGGAGACAAACGUCAAACUCCAACGAGAUCUCCGGGAGAACGUGGCCCAAAAAGAGGAUCAGGAGGAACGAAUAGCAACACUGGAGAAGAGAUAUCUGAAUGCCCAGAGAGAAUCCACCAGUCUCCAUGAUCUCAACGAAAAACUCGAGCAGGAAUUGCAGCACAAAGAGGCACAGCUCAAGCUGCAAGAGGAGAAGAUAGCAGCUAUCCAAGAGAAACUAGAGCUUGCUGAACAAAAAUUGGCCCAGUAUCCAAAAUUACCAGAGAUGGAGGAGCAGUUGAAGGCUAGGAUGGAGGCACUGACCCAGGUGAGGAGGCCCAAUCAGGCACAGGAGAGACACGGUAGUGCUGAAGACAGGAUUCAGAGACUGGAGGGACAACUGGAGGAGAAAAAUGCUGAGGUGAUGCGACUCAAUCAACGUUUGAAAAUGAAUGAGGAGCAUAACACGAGGUUGAGCAGUACUGUUGACAAACUUCUGUCAGAAUCAAACGAACGCCUCCAGGUGCACCUGAAGGAGCGCAUGCACGCCCUGGAGGAGAAGAAUGCCCUCACCCAGGAGCUCGAGAAGACCAGGAAGAUCGCCGAGGAUCUUCAGAAUGAGAAAUCCGAGAUAAUGAAAGAGCUCGGUAAAGCUCGAUUAGAAAUUGAUAACGUGAAGAGGCAGAUGUUGCAGCAGGAGAUAGCCUUCAACAUUCAGCAGACAGACGCCCUCACCAGGAGUCUCUCUCCCAAUGCAGUUGAGCCAGCCUCGUCAUCAAGAUCAGCUAGUCACAGUUCCUUCGACACUCAUUCACUUCCCAGAAGGGGAAAACGCCUCGAGGAUGAUGGGACCAAGGGAUACGUUGCCAGGACACUUGCUGAACAGGAGUGGGAGAAACUCCAGCAGGCACAUGUCCUGGCAAAUGUUCAACAGGCAUUUGAUGUCUCCUCUGAUGCUGAGGGUGACGGUGACAAUGAGAGUAUUUUUUCAUCAGCUGCUGAUGUCAUCAGUCCAAGUGGACACACUGAUGCACAGACUCUAGCGUUGAUGCUGCAGGAGCAGUUGGAUGCCAUCAACAUUGAGAUCCGGCUUAUUCAGGAGGAGAAGCAGAGCACUGAGGCCAGGGCUGAGGAGCUCGAGAGCAGGGUUGGCAGUCUUGAGCAUAUGAAUUUGUUGGCCAGGGGCAGGAGUCUUGAGAGGGCAUCACCUCCUUUGAGUGGAAGGUCUACACCCAAAAGCCAUCACAGCCCUAAUAGGGAUUAUCUUCAUAAGUAUCAUACGGCACCUGCCUCAAUGUCACCUGCCCAUCUUCAUCAGUAUGCAGCUUCAUUGGCAAGCCCAGGACAACUGUCCGAGUCACUCCCCGCUAGCCAGUUGCAGUUGUCCGGGGAGGAGUUACACUCGGUUAGUGAACGAGACAGUGGAGGCGGUGGUAGUGGAGGGAGUGAAGCUGCAUCACCACUGACAGCAAGAUCCCUGAGACUAGAGAGGGUUGUCCAGGCAUUGGCACACAGCCAAGAGGAACUCAGGAGGCGCACCGGACAGAGCGGAUUUCCUAGCGCCGGAUACUCCACUCACAGGCAUGGGCAUCAUAACAACGGCACACUGAAUUCUGGAACACCACCUUCACCAUUGUCUUCACGUCAUAGUAGCCAGGACAGUUUGCACAAAAACAGUUUUGGAAGUGUUGGUCUACCCAUUGGACAAUUGUCGAGCUCUCAUCUGCAUAUGCAAUCGACAAUGAGUCCUGCAACAGCAGCCGCUGUUGCUGCUGCACAGAAGAAGAAGGGAAUCAAGAGCAGUCUUGGGAGAUUUUUCAGCAAAAAGGAGAAAAUCAAGGGGAAAGACACGACGAUGCCUGGAGAUGUCCCGGGGAUGGGGGGAGCUUGCACCCCGGCUGAUCCUGAUUACGGUGAUAACGUAUCAGUUGCUGGGACAUUGGGUGGAAAGAGUGAUUUUGAUCGAAGGAAAAAGAAGAGCAUGCUGGACUCAUCUCGUCACGAGCUGCUAGGUGAAGCCAUGAAAGCAGGAACACCAUUCGCCCUGUGGAACGGCCCCACGAUAGUCGCCUGGCUGGAGCUCUGGGUGGGAAUGCCAGCCUGGUACGUGGCAGCCUGUCGUGCCAAUGUCAAAAGUGGUGCCAUAAUGUCAGCCCUGAGUGACACCGAGAUACAACGAGAAAUAGGCAUCAGCAAUCCACUCCACAGACUCAAGCUGAGACUCGCCAUUCAGGAGAUGGUCUCCCUGACGUCCCCAUCAGCACCAAAAACAUCUAGAACAACUCUUGCUUUUGGGGAUAUGAAUCACGAGUGGAUUGGCAAUGUCUGGCUGCCAAGUCUAGGUCUGCCUCAGUACAGAUCUACAUUUAUGGAGUGCCUUGUUGAUGCACGAAUGCUCGAUCAUCUCACCAAGAAGGAUCUCAGGGGACAACUGAGGAUGGUAGACAGCUUCCACAGGACAAGUCUGCAGUAUGGAAUAUCUUGUCUGAAGAGACUCAAUUUUGACAGACAACAGCUCGAGGACAGGAGGAGAAUGGCUGAGGGGGCCAAUGUUGAUGUCAUCGUGUGGAGCAAUGACAGGGUCAUCAGAUGGGUGCAGUCUAUCGGCCUCAAGGAAUAUGGGAACAACCUCUUGGAGUCUGGAGUCCACGGAGCCCUCGUGGCCCUUGACGAGAGUUUCGAUGCCAACGCAUUCGCCCUGACCCUUCAGAUACCAACGCAAAAUGUUCAGGCAAGACAAGUCCUCGAGAUGGAGUUUCAGAAUCUUCUAACAGUGGGUACUGAGAGGCGAUCAGAAGAGAACAGUAUGAAGUCCUGAUCAAACCCACCACCUAGGCCAUUACCACGUCAUCAGCCCCAUCACGUCUAGUCCAAUAAUCCCAACAACAUCCUAACCCAUUCCAAGAUAAAACCGUGAGUAAGAGAGAGCUUUAAUCCCUUUAAAAUAUCCUUUGAAAUCAUUCCAAUCACAAUUUUAUUCAUUAUUCCUGUGAAUAAUAUCCAAUGAACUUCACUGAUUCAUCAUAAAUCAAUGAAUAAUCGUUGAUGAUUUAUGAUUAAUAAUUAUCAGUAAUUAAUAAUAAUUAAUGAUAAUUAAAAGACGAUUAGAAAUCUAAAUGUGAAAUUGAAUCGAAGUAAUAUCAACUGAAGUUCAUAAAUGAUUUCCAAAGUGACAAUAAUUCUGUCUGACUCGAUCCCCAACAACAACUGUUGUUUAAAUUUUCAUUUUUACUGUCAUAUUGUACUUAUGACAUGACAUAAAGUCACAUCACAACUGCACAAAAAUUUAGUGGAUGGAUAAACGGCAUCUUCAGCAUUUUUUUUUAUACCCAAUCGUCUGAUGUGGAAUAGGUAAUGAAUUUUGUUAUUAAUAAUGAGGAAUUUUUCGAGAUUAAUGGGUGAUGAUUUAUUCAUUAAGACCUGAUGAUUAAGUUUAAGGUUAAUGUUUUGGGGAUUUUGUUGUAAAUGAGAGGAUUUAUGGGGGAUUUUAAGUAUUGAAUAUUAAUUGCAUUGAAGGGACUAAGUGAAUAUGAUUUUCAAAGGCUUGAGGUGAAUUUUUAGUCGUAAUGUGUAUCCUCUAAUGAUUAAUUAACGUUGGGGGAGCUUCAAAGAAUGACUUAAAUUAUUCGAAUCAACUAGUGUGGAUUUUAUACCUUGAUGAUUACAUGAUGAGGAGUUAUUAUUAAUUAUUUGUGAGUGGGGUAUGUGUGGUAGAAUUUUCGAGGGAUAUUUAUUCGUGUGUGAAUUUUUUAGGCUCGACUGUCGAUCGAUCGAUGAUUCUAUUUGGGCUUUUCUUGGGGCUUCGGGAGUUUAUUCAAUUUAAUGGAGAAUUUCUUGGGAGUAUUUUGGAAACUAGUCGGUUUAGGAGAAAAUUUCGUGGAAGAUUCUUUCUGGCAAAUUUAAUUCUCUGCAAAAAUGUCCUCAGACAUUUUCUCCUAAGCCUGUUCGCCUUCAAGAUAUUCCUGAAUUUAUAAUCAGUUCCCAAUUAAAAAGAUGAGUUUUCCUUCUCUUUCAAAUUUUUCCAGAAUUUUAGUUUUGAUUAUGAGAAUAAAGUAGAGAUUUUGGGGUUGAAAAUUUCUGUUAUUAAUAAGACAAUCAUUCAUCCCUCAUUAUAGACAGCAAUGCAAUAAAAAUAAUUGAUUCUUUGAUUAACUGAAUUGAUAUCUAGAUAUUUUCUAAUGAAAUUAACAGGAAUAAUUCAAUUGAAUACAGAGAAUUGGAUAAAUAUCUCGAGAAUUAUCAGGUUGUCUCCAGAUAUUUUCUCCUAAAUCUCUCCUUCCCCAAGAUAUCUCCAAAUCUAUAAUGACUUCCCAAUUAAAAGCACUAGUUUUCCUUCUUUUCUUAUUUUUCCAGAAUUUUAGUUUUGCUUAUGAGAAUCAAAUUGAGGUUCUGGGGUUGAAAAAUUAUUCCGCCGAUAGGACAAUCAUUCACUCCUCAUCACAUACAUCAAUAAAAUGUAAUCACUCAAGCAAUUCAAUUAAUAUCUUGAGAAUAGCUAAACAAUCCGCUAGUUUCUCACGAAGAAAAAUAUUCAAAGCCUCCCAGAAGCUUCGGAAAUCCCCCCCCCCUCUUAAAAUCGAUUAAUUAACUAAUUAAUCCCAAUGAAUUUGUAAAUAUUACCGCCCAGGAAUUCAGUAUUACUCAAGGUUUUCCCUUAAUUUUCCCCAGUUUCUAUUUUCCCAUCAUUUCACACAAACUACUUAGAAUAAUGAACAGGUGCCAUUGAUUUAAUUUUAAUCGCUAAUUACCUAAAACCUUAUGAAUCAAAACAAGCCUAAAAACUAGAUAAUUCCUCGUAUAAUUAUUUACUUUGACAUUUAUAAUAAUUUAACUUCAUUCAUGUAGACUAAACAAUUAAUUUAAUUAACAAAAUUUCGAUUACUCGGAGUGAACUAUUUGUAAAUAUCAUAAAUACAAUGAAAUUAUUAAUAAUUAAUAAUUAUCAUAAAUUUUAUCGUUUGAUUUUUUCUCCUCGUCCGAAAGAGUUUCAAUUUUGUCGUCUAAAACUCAUCAAUCUCCAAUAAAUAAUGAUAAUUCAUAGUGAUGAAUAUGUUUCGUUCAAAUUUUGAUUGAUUAAUUAAUUGACAAGACUGCAUAAUCAAUAAUAAACUGAGAAAAAUUAAAUUGAAAUGAUUAAUUAACAAUUUGUUGUUGAUUAAUUUUUAUCUGGAGGAUGAUUAAACGCACAAUUUAUCGAGUCACUUGUGGAUCUCGAUCGAUCGAUGGUCCAAAGCGUAUGUAAUAAAUUAAGAAAUCAACAGAAUAUAAAUAAAUUAAAUUGAUAAAAUGAAACUGAAAAUUUUAGGAGAACGAAAAAGAGAAUCAUGUGUGUAUGUGUGUGGAUUCGAGAUGGAGAAUCAGAGGAGUGAUAAUUAAUUGAACUCGACGUGAGAUAUUGAUGUAGGAAGGCACGAAAAAAUUGUAAUUUACCGAUUAAUAUGAUGAUUAGGAGGUGAGAAUUUCAAUUUGUGACAACGAUUGAAGAGAGAUGAUGAGGGAUUAUGAUUACGAGAUGCUUAAGUCCCCAAAUUUUGCAUUUGAAUGACGAGAUGAGAGAUUAUUUCUCUUUUCCUGUAGUUUUCGAAGAUUUCGGAAUCUAGAGGAGAUAGGGGGAAGUUUUGCAGACGAUAAUGAGGGAUAUAACGAAGGUUUUUAUUAAACUUUGGCUAUUUCUCUUAGAAUUUGAGAUAUUUGGGGAAGACCGGGGCAAAACAGUUGGAAAAACGACUAUUGGGUGUAAUUGAGAAAACUUUUCGUUUCGUUUUUAGGUGAGGGUCAAACGAUCUUUGAAGACGUGGAGAGUUGAAAGUCAAAUGGCCCUUAAUCCUAAACGUUUUUAAGGGUUGGUUGACCCCCAAAAUCAUUGGACCGUGAAUUCCAAAUGUUCUCAUGGGUCAUUUGACCCUCAAAACAUUGUUGAGGGCCAUUUGACUCUCAAAACCAUUUGAGCCUCAACCAAAAUCAAAAAAAAAAUUUCUAAAUCGUAUUAAACAGUCAGUUCUCCUGAUGUUUCAUUUUGCCCUGCUCUCCCCAACAAAAUUUUCCCCCUAGUCAGAAAGAGUUAACCAUAAAUCUCGCAAAUAAAAUAAUGCAGAUAAUAGAAUGAUGAACGCCGAUGUUGUUAAUGUUGUUGAUACAUGAGGAAUCAUUGUUGUUGAUGUUUUUUUCCCUGCCAAGUAUUUUCCCCCCGUGCAAGCUAUCACCACUCAUAGUAGCUGUAUAAUUAAUUAUAUCGAAGGAAGAUGAAAAUUAAUUAAAAAUUGAUAGGAAUGACCUUCCGAAGGGGCGUGAACUUAACCAAAUACAUUUUAUUAAUUAUCAAUACCAAAGAAUCUAAAUGAUGUGUCAAUCGACAGCUGAAAUUAAUCAAUCAAUCAAUCAUACUGAUGAAUAAUUGACUGAUUGAUUAAUUUGAAAAUUUAUUUCUGUAAUUAUUCCCCUUCAUUUUAUCUUUUCUGCACAAAAUAAAAAUAUGAACAUAUCGAGUUUAUUAAGUUGAGGCACAAUUAGUUGAAUAACUAUUGAUUUCUAAAUUUUACGUAAUAACAUUUAAUUAAUUAGUAAUGAAAACAUAAGAGGGUCCACUGAAUCAUUCGGAAGUGUCAUAAAACUGUAAAUGACUGAAACUUAUUUUUAAUCAUAACGUGCUAGUUGAUAGAUGAUAAGUACAUUCCAGGAAAUUAAUGAAAUUAAUUGAUUAAGGGAAGAAAAUAAUCAUGAAGGAAAAGGAUUGAUGAAAAAUAUGAGAUGAGCCUUUGAUCGAGGAAAAGUACGUGAGAAUACGAGAGAAAUAAGCGAUUAAGCAUUGAAAAAAAAAUGAAAUGAAUUUGUAAUCCACGUGUGAGUGAGUGUGUGAUGCAGUUUAUGAACAAUUGAAUGAACAAAAUUAAUAAAUGGGAGGAGAUAAAUCGACAAUGUAGCAAGCUUCGAAUGCCUUCUAUGUAUCUAACUGUAAAUACACUCUGAACGCGCCCUAAAUAAUGAAGAAAAAUCAAGUGAA